AUGUUCAGCUGUUUCAUAGAAAUGUUUUGCUGUUUGACUUUCUAUCUUCUCUCUUAAUAUUUUUACUUACUUAUUUUAAGCAAGCAUUUUGAGCAAGUUAUUUUUGAAAGAAAAGAAAUAUUACUGAAAGUUAAUGUAAUUUAAAAUUAUGGCCGAUCUUGUGGAGCAACAAGCAGAUGAGCGAGAAGCACUGCAAUCUAUUUAUGAAGGAGACACUAACUUUAAGCAGGUUGACGCAACCACUUUUCAGUACAAGUAUGGAGAAGAUGACCAUUAUAAAUCGUUUUUGGUUGAAGUUCAGUGGACGGAUAACUACCCUAAUGAAAUACCGAAAAUGAACUUGGAUACUUUCUACAAUCGCAAUUUAAUACCUGCCGUGAAAACAAAAAUACAACAAGUGCUUGUGGAAGAAGCAGAACAAUGGCUAGGUUGUGGAAUGACAUAUACACUGUUUGAAUGUCUCAAAGAUCGUCAAGAUGAUCUCACCGCUGAACAGCCUGAACAUGUUCCAACGCAUUCCAUUGAUCUAGAUAGUGCGGGUGUAAAUGCAUUAAAAAUUUCUGAUAAUGGGGAAGCCAAUAAGAGGAAAGAACCAAAGAAGGAGCAACUGACGAAAGCUCAAAAGCGACGGCAGUGGGAGCGCACUGAUCACAAGGGCGACAAGCCACGUGGAUGGGAUUGGGUUGAUAUUGUAAAACACCUUUCACAAACAGGUAGUAAAGAUAAUAUUGUAGUAAACUCUUCAGGGAGCCCUAAUUCAAAUUUGAAUGGGCCGAGUUCAGUUUUACAGCCGCUUAAUAUUUAAGAGGUAUAUUUCCGUAAUUGGAAGCUCACCCUGAAUUUUAUACAUACAAGAAUAGAAAAAUGAAAGUGUUAUUUUUAUAAUGAUUUUUUCCAAUUGACCCAGCCUUUAAAUUGUGUAAAGAUGAUAAUAGAAAGCAAAUGUUUGAAAAUGUAUUUCUUCGAAUAAAUACUUCUUUUAUUUUGUUUA